AUGUUAGGUGAAGAUCGUUCAACAUCAAUAGCCGAUGGAUUAGCUCGUUGGUUUCAAUCAUUUCAAUCUGAUAUUAUUAUUGAUGAAGAUAAUUUACGUUGUCUCACAUCGAAUCCAAAUUUACAAGAUAUUUGGCAAAGAAUUAUUCGACAUUGUCAUCCAACUGAUUAUGUCAAAAAAGUAAAAGAAACUCUACGCAUUGCUGAAUUAAAAGAACGUUAUCCAGAUCGAUGGGAACAACAUAAAAAUGCUCAAAUUCAACAAGGUCAAAUUGAACAAAGAAUUUGUCUUCGUUUACGUGAAAUUUAUUCAUCACGUUCAGAACAAUCAACAAAUAUUUUUAAUGAAUUAAAUCGUGUUCAAAUAAUGAUUAAUGAUGAAUAUAAUCAUAUAUCUUCACUUGAUAAACAACUUCAAAUUUAUCGACAAUUAGCUAAUUAUUUAAAUCAAUUAUCUCAAAUAAAAGAACAAUUAAAUUCAUUAACAACAACUAAUGGAACAAAUCAUCAAGGCAUUUAUUAA